UUAUCUACAUCUUCCAAUGCUGCUUUUGAACAAUCUACUCCGCGCCUAUAUUGGCAAACAUGCUCUCCAUUCCAAACCAUAACUCUGCCAAUUAACAGAAGCUCGGAAUCCGUCUAAACCAUGCAUCCUCUAAUUGCUGUGCCCGCCAUUUUCGCGCUGGAGUACCGCGCCAUAUCCCACAAGUCCCUCACUCCAGCCGGCGCCCUUGUCGCGUUGCUCACCGCAAUCACGCAUGCCAUCCAUCCAUGGAGUGUCUUCUUCGUCCUCCUCGGCGUCUUCUUUCUCGCCGGGUCACAUGUAACUAAGAUCAAACACGAUGUCAAAGCCCGCCUUACCCUCUCAUCCGUCGGAUCUACCGCUGGCGAAGGCCCUCGGAACGCCUCCCAGGUCCUCGCGAACUCGCUCGUUGCCAGCGUCCUCGUCCUUCUGCACACGCUCGCCUUGCGCCUCCAAACGAACGCAGACCUACCAGAGGACCAGUUCUGUUUUCGGUGGGGCGCGAUAGGUCGUCCGGCAGAUGUGCUUGUGGUAGGAAUCGUUGCCAAUUAUGCGGCCGUGGCAGCGGACACGUUUUCCUCCGAGCUAGGCAUAUUGGCAAAUGCGGGCCCGCGACUUGUUACCAGGCCAUGGAAGACCGUCCCUAAAGGGACGAAUGGUGGAGUAACUGGAUUGGGAUUGGUGGCAGGUCUUCUGGGCUCCUCGAUUGUAACUUUCACUGCUACUUUGCUUCUCCAGUUCUGCGGCGGGAACGAUUUCGUCUCGCUGCUACCCAUGGAAUACCUUCAAAGGCCUCUAAAGCAUUUCGGGUCCAGCGGAGCGAGUGCCUCCAAGGCGUCUAUCCCGCCUUCGGUUAACGGGGAGUCCAAACCUUUGUUCACCAAGAUCUUUGACACGUUGUCCAAUCCUCGCGUUUCACUACUCAAGUACGUUCGCGGAGUGUCAUCGUCUCUACAGGGCAGUACUAUCCAGAGGGAAAUGAGCGCUUCUCUCUGGGACGCACGCAAGGUUCUUGGAUUCUUCGGAGUUAUGCUAUUUAUGGGACUAUUCGGGAGCAUCCUCGACUCGAUCCUAGGUGCUGUUUUACAGGCGAGCGUUGUUGAUAGUAGAAGCGGGAAGGUCGUGGAGGGCAAAGGAGGUGCCAAAGUUCCAGUCACCCCCCGAGGGUCCGCCAGCGGACUCGCUGGGCCUGAGACGACGAACUUGAGGAACCGCUCCGCCAAGAAAGAGCAUGGCGAAGAAUUGGACCGCAAAGUCUAUUAUGAAUCUCGCAAGGUUGCUGUGGGCAUGGAUGUCCUAAGCAAUAAUGGAGUGAACUUCUUGAUGGCUUUAUUGACGAGUCUCACGGCAAUGUCGCUGGCUUGCUGGUACUGGGAUAUCGCUCCACUGAAUAUCCUUGGAGUCUACAUUGAGGUGAUCGAUGCUAUCACCAAACCGUUCUCUGAUUUGUGGAAGUCUUCUGUCACAAAACCCUUCUCUACCUUGUGGGACUAGGGAGAAGGUGCCCCGUACAGUCCGUGUAUCACUACUAAGCUUUUGUCCACUGUCGCGAUGGAAGUUGUGGGUAUUCUAUCAAGUCAAUUUUACAUUUGAGCUGGAGUCAUCUAAUGCAUAUCGUCGCAAAUCGUCAUAGUGCAGUCAUGGAUUCGUCUC